CAAGGUCCCGCAGUCUCACCACCACCACUGCUGCCGGUCCCGGUCCCAGCCAUGGCGAACAGGACCUCACUGCCCGAGGGCCUCCGCCCAGGCACCGUGCUCAGACUGCGAGGCUUCGUCCCUGACAAGGCUGGCAGGUUCCACGUGAACCUGCUGUGCAGCGAGGAGCAGGGCGCGGACGCGGCCCUGCACUUCAACCCGCGGCUGGACGAGUCCGCCGUCGUCUUCAACAGCCUGGAGCAGGGCGCCUGGGGCCGGGAGGAGCGCGGCCCGGGCAUCCCCUUCCAGCGCGGGCAGCCCUUCGAGGUGCUGCUCAUCGCCACGGACGACGGCUUCAAGGCCGUGGUCGGGGACGCGCAGUUCCACCACUUCCGCCACCGGAUGCCGCCGGCGCGCGUGCGCCUGGUGGAGGUGGGCGGGGACGUGCAGCUGGAGUCGCUGAAGAUCUUCUGAGGGACGCGGGCGGCCCGCGCUCGUGGCAAAUAAAGCUCAAGCCUGUGGCG